UAUGCAACUUGCCUGAGCCGUCCAGCUAGUAAAUGAUGGGCCUGAGAUCUGGAACCAUCUCUCAUACUGUGCAUAUGGCACCUGAUGGAUUUUCUCACCGGGACCUUGCUGGGUGUCCCAAAUGAGCUUCCUCCUUCAAGAUCACCCUCACCAGGCUUUUGAGCAUCUCAAACAAGGAAUUUUGUCCCUCACAACCUCCAACACAUUCAUGCUGCCCUUUCCCAGACACAGGUCCUGGACAUGGUGAACUAAAUCUACAUAUAAGGCUAAUACCCUGCUAAACAAGAAAAUACUUUUGUUUUUGUUGUGUGCCAAUUCUGUUGGUGGUCGUUGAACAAUGUUCUCAAACUCAGCACCUCACCUUGGAAUGCCUUCCAGACCCUCAAAUCUUUCUUUCAAAGUAAAAUACAAAAGCAACAACUGCCCUUAGGGGGCACUGGGCAGAAAGGGUGGUGAACCCCCGCUCCACCCCCAAAGGGAGAGGGACGGUUGCCCUCCCCUCUCCCCUUUCCCCCUAGCCGAAAGGUCAAGAGUCCUGUGGUUGCGGUUGGAAGCGCCCCACCUGAUAAUCACCAAAAUCCCUGCAGCCUGCAGGGCGGUGGAUGGCUCGACACUGUCUGGCAAGGACUUUAGCGACUGUGCCCCUUCUGUGGCCUUGGCCUCUGUGACAGUCAGGCCUGGCAGCUGCCCCAGCACCUCCCUCGGCUGGAGCCCGUUUUCCUCACGUGCGUUUCCUCCAAACUUCAUCAUGUCAGUUUCAAAUGGCGCUGUGAAGACGCCCCACAAGAAAGCCAGGACAUCUCCAUACCCUGGCUCUAAAGUGGAGUGAAGCCAGGUCCCCGAUGAGAAAGUGAGCUGGCAGGUUGAGUGGCCAGAGUACCAGCCUGUGGCGUACACUUCUGACUCCAUCUUGACCGGACCCAAGUGGGCAGACCCCCUGGUGGGUGAAAGGAACUUCUCUCCUAAAUUUAAUGAAAAAGAUGGGCAGGUGGAGAGAAGGAGCCAGAAUGGCUGGUAUAAGGUUAAAAAUGGGAGACCUAGAAAUCCUGCAGGUCGGACAGGGCUGGUUGGGCAAGGGCUUCUGGGGCCUUGGGGUCCCAAUCAUGCUGCAGAUCCCAUCUUAACCAGGUGGAAAAAGGAUGGCAAGGGCAAUAAAGUUACCCACCCUGUUUCUGGGAGAAACAUCCUGCAAUUUGUAGCCAUCAAAAGGAAAGACUGUGGGGACUGGGCUAUCCCAUGGGGAAUGGUGGAUCCAGGAGAGAAGAUUAGCACUACAUUGAAAAGAGAAUUUGGUGAGGAAGCCAUGAACUCCUUACAGAAACCCAGAGCAGAAAUACAGGCAUUGGAGAAACAACUGCGCAAACUAUUCAGCCAGGAACACUUUGCGGUCUAUAAAGGCUAUGUGGACGAUCCCCGGAACAUGGAUAAUGCGUGGAUAGAGACAGAGGCUGUGAACUACCACGAUGAAACUGGCAAGGUAAUGGACCAUCUUCCUCCGGAAGCGGGCGAUGAUGCCAAGGAGGUGAGAUGGGUGGACAUUAAUGAUAAGCUCAAGCUUUAUGCCAGCCACUCCCAAUUUAUUCGAAGUGUGGCUGAGAAACGAGGUGCCCACUGGAGGGAAGACGUGUACCCCGACUGCCAUGGCUAGUGGCGUGGAGUCUCCUGUAAGCCAGAGGUCUUCACAUGUAUGCAGGUGAACAGGAAGCAAACAGCCCAGAACUCCCACUGAGCAGGACAGGGAGGGUCACUUCUUUUGGUGAAAUUAUUUCUAAAACUGCUCACAGUAUAUAU